GGGUGUGUGUCCCCAGCUGGGGAGAAGGGAAAUCCCGGUGGCGGGAAGUUUUCACUCGGGAGCGGCCGAUCCUGUGCGUAGCGGUCCUGAGUCUGUGCGCUCUGGGAAAGAAAUUUGGAUUUCCACUUCAAUUUCAGAAUGGCAUCCAUUUCAGCUCUAACUGAGGAACUGGAUUCUGUAACCAGUGAGCUCCAGGCAGUAGAUCUUCAAAUUCAAGAACUUCUGGAAAGGCAGCAAGAGCUUAUUCAGAAGAAAACCCUCCUAACAAAAAGAAUAAAUCAGUGUUUAGAGGAUUCUGAUGCGGGGGAGAGCAGUGAAUGUGAUUCUUCACCUGCUUCUUGGAAUAAAGAAGAUUUUCCAUGGUCUGGUAAAGUUAAAGAUGUUCUGCAAAAUGUCUUUAAACUGCAAAAGUUCAGAUUGCUUCAGCUUGAAACUAUUAAUGUAACAAUGUCUGGAAAGGAGGUGUUUCUCGUCAUGCCUACAGGAGGUGGAAAGAGCUUGUGCUAUCAGUUACCGGCAUUAUGCUCAGAUGGUUUUACCCUCGUGAUUUGCCCACUGAUCUCUCUUAUGGAAGACCAGUUAAUGGUUUUAAAGCAAUUAGGAAUUUCAGCUACCAUGUUAAAUGCUUCUAGUUCUAAGGAGCAUGUGAAAUGGGUUCAUGCUGAAAUGGUAAAUAAAAACUCCAAGUUAAAGCUAAUUUAUGUGACUCCAGAGAAGAUUGCAAAAAGCAAAAUGUUUAUGUCCAGACUGGAGAAAGCCUACGAAGCCAAGAGACUUACCCGAAUCGCUGUGGAUGAAGUUCACUGCUGCAGUCAGUGGGGACAUGAUUUCAGACCUGAUUAUAAGGCACUUGGUAUCCUGAAGCGGCAGUUCCCUAACACAGCGCUAAUUGGGCUGACAGCAACUGCAACCAGUCACGUGCUGAAGGAUGCUCAGAAGAUACUGUGUGUGGAGAAGUGUCUGACGUUUACAGCUUCCUUUAACCGGCCAAAUCUUUAUUAUGAGGUUCGACAGAAGCCCUCAAACACUGAAGAUUUUGUUGAGGAUAUUGUAAAACUCAUUAAUGGGAGAUACAAAGGACAAUCAGGAAUCAUAUAUUGCUUUUCUCAGAAAGACGCUGAGCAAGUUACAGUUAGUUUACAGAAACUGGGGAUUCAUGCAGGGGCAUACCAUGCCAAUUUGGAACCAGAAGAUAAGACCAAGGUUCAUAGAAGAUGGUCAGCCAGUGAAAUUCAGGUGGUAGUGGCAACGGUUGCAUUUGGUAUGGGAAUCGAUAAGCCAGAUGUGCGGUUUGUUAUUCAUCAUUCAAUGAGUAAGUCUAUGGAAAAUUAUUACCAAGAGAGUGGACGUGCAGGUCGAGAUGACAUGAAAGCAGACUGUAUUUUGUAUUAUGGCUUUGGAGAUAUAUUCAGAAUAAGUUCAAUGGUGGUGAUGGAAAAUGUGGGACAACAGAAGCUUUAUGAGAUGGUGUCAUACUGUCAAAACAUAAGCAAAUGUCGCCGUGUAUUGAUAGCUCAACAUUUUGAUGAAGUGUGGGACUCAGAAGCGUGUAACAAAAUGUGUGAUAAUUGCUGUAAAGACAUUGCAUUUGAAAGAAGGAAUGUAACAGCGAACUGUAGAGAUCUAAUCAAGAUCCUGAAGCAGGCAGAGGAAAUGAAUGAAAAGCUGACACCCUUGAAGCUGAUUGACUCUUGGCUUGGAAAGGGGGCAGCAAAACUGAGAGUAGCCGGUGUUGUUCCUCCCGUGCUUCCUCGUGAAGACCUGGAGAAAAUUAUCGCACACCUUCUUCUACAGCAGUACCUUAAAGAAGAUUACAGUUUCACAGCUUAUGCGACCAUUUCAUACUUGAAAAUAGGACCUAAAGCGAAUCUUCUGAACAGUGAGGCCCAUGUUAUUACCAUGCAAGUGAAGAAGCCCACACAGAGCUGUUUUGGGAUUGAAUCACCUCAAACUUGUCAUUCUGAAGGAACUGAUAAAAAGAGGGAAGAAGAAAAUUCAGGUGACUUCCAGAAGUCUGCAAACAUGCUUAAGAAAUCUGAUUCUAAGAAUACAGGGGCUAAGAAAAGAAAAAUUGAUGCAUGAGAUGAAUAUUUUAAAAUUUUCCAAGAAAACCGUUUAUUGCAUGUAUAUACUAUUAUUUUGGUAGUUAAAAGUUUACUUUUUAAGACAAUUUUAAUAUUUUACAUAUAUGGAGCUGUAUUUUCAGAACUUUGAAGUAUUGAAGACUUAUUUUUGAGAUCCUGAAUUAUAAAUUUACAGUAUGAAUCAAGGAGAAAAUUUUAUGUUCACAUGUUAAGUUCUUUAUGCCUUGAUAUAUCUAGUUCUUUUGAUAACACUGUUAUACUGAAAAUUUUACAUAAGCUCAUCACAGAAAGUGAGUGGUUUUAGGUUAUAAUUGCUGUAACAUCCAAAUAAGAAAGGAAUAAGUUAUCAAUACAAAUAAUAUUAGCAAGCAUAAUAUUGCCACAUCUCUACUUAAGUAAAAUUUAAAUAUAAGCUCUUUAUAGGCUGAAACCUCAGCCCUAUUCUGACAUUUCACAAUCAAUGAAUGGCUCCAAUAUACUAAGCAGACCAAAUUAAUGGCUAAGUAGAGAACAACCUAGCUAAAUUUAUUCCAAUUUAAGUCACAAAUGAAUGUGUCUUAAGUUAAAAAUACAAAACUGAAGAGUGGUCAAUUGUAAACAAUUUGAUUUCAUCUUUAGAGUUUUACUUAUUUUUAACUUUAGUUGGUCAUUAAAUCACUAGUCAUUUUACUUUA